UCUUCACUCACUCACAUUUACACUACAUAAUUGUUACACAUUAGUGAGCAAUUUUGGAUUAUGUAACACUUUAAUGCAUUGCGUUGCUUCUUUUGCCGUCUUUAUUUGAGGGUUUGAAAGUGAAUCUUCUAGAAUGCAAUGGCGUGGCGCAGAAAGAAGAAAUGCUCUUCAUAAAUCCGCGCAAGCUUGUAUGCGAUUUAUUCACGCAAUGCAAUUACUAGCGUUAUCAACCGCGUGAUUGUUACGAUGAGUUAUGCGCCAAGGUCUGGCGUAACCGAUUGAAUUAGAAGGGCGAAUCUGAGGUGUGGAAAAGAAUUCACCUGUUAGUGAUGCUCCACACCUUCCCUUUCGUGUGCUACAUUCUUCCACCUCCCCCCAAGUUAGCUGGUUUGCUGCAGAAAUACUAUUUGGGUAUAAAUGCCAGUAGAUGAACCCGAUGAGGUAUCAGUGUUUUCACUACAGAACAGUGAAGAGUGUACUAUACAAUGAGGUUUUUCGUGGUGUCCGCUGUUCUGGCCACCAUCAUCUCCGUGUCGGCCCAGGGGGAUGAUUCUGGAUACAAUGUUGAGAUAACUCACGCCAAUAUUGGCGGAUUUGGCGGUGGAGGCUUUGGUGGCGGCGGCGGCGGCGGUGGUAGCAGUGGCGCCGGUGGAGGAUUCGGAGGUGGUGAAGGAUUUGGAGGUGGUGGAGAAUUAGGAGGGGGUGGAAGCGGUGGUGAAGGAGGCGAUGAAGGCGGUUUUGGAGGUGGAAAUGAGGGCGGCUUCGGGGGUGGAGGCUUCGGAGGCGGUGACCAUCACGGUGGAUGGCAUGUUCCGGACUAUGAAUUCAAAUACGGAGUAAAAGACCCGAAAACUGGAGAUCAUAAAGAACAGUGGGAGCAGCGUCAUCAUGAUCACGUAAAGGGUGAAUACUGGCUCCAUGAACCCGAUGGUACAAAGCGUAUCGUAACGUACACUGCGGACCCCAAGACGGGUUUCCAUGCCAUUGUUAAAAAGAUUGGACAUGCCGAGCAUCCACAUCACUACGGUGGAAUCUAAAAGCACCUAGUCAAGGACUCUGAGGAUCACACAUUAUCACAUGCGCUUCAACCCUAUUCCUAGCCCCAUUCUAUGCCAUAAAAUAUCUCUUCAAUGGAUAAUCCUUUCGCGUCAUUCCCACCAUCCUAUAUUAAAUCCUUUUCUACUCCUAAACUCCUUGUCAUACCGCUCCUGCAGAAUUGAAUCAAUAACAUCUAUGUUAUUAUGUUAACUAAAAAGUAUGAUAUGUAUAAAAAAGGUACUUUAUGCAAUU